AUGUUCUGCGCCUCGGAGGAUGCCGUCGACUCCUUUUCUACCCUCGUCACAAAGGACGAGAGGUUCGCUCAACGCUCACCAGAACCGGAAGAUGAGAAGCCGCAGGGGCCAAUGGGGACCCCUGCAGAUAUGCAAAGCAUUCCUGAGCCUCUUUGUGUGGACGCCGAGGCGUUGACGAAUGCUGAUGUGCAGAUGGUCUACCGGAAGCAUUUUUAUGCCAAAGUUCUUUGUGAUAGUGAGAGGAGCUGUGCAACAGCGGCACAUAUGGUCGUGUGGAGAGGGGUCGCUAUGAUGAUGAGGAGCUAUUGUCAAAGGGUACAAUGUGAGGAGACCGCGUUGCAUGUGAAUAGUCCUAGAUAUAAGAAGAAGGUCAGGAUCCAAUCAAGGACAGAGGGACUGCAGUUCACUGCAUUCGCGGCGAGGUAUGGGACCAAGGCAGAGGAGUUGGCCAUUGGCGUGGCGGUAAGGUUGGGGUUGUAAGCGGCAUAGGAGGAGACGAAUGGAUUAUUUAUUUGGGUAGGAGGUUUUAGAUGAUUGUCAAGAGAGAAACGGAGAGAGGGGAUGAAUAGGAUAAACUGCAAGUGUUCAUUUGGAGUAGGGAUCUUCUGUGACAAGCAAAUGACGUCUUCCGGUUUUUGGUAGUUGCCACUA